AUGCCUUCCUUCGGCAGACGCCUUCUCGGCGCAGGUUACGUCGUGCUCAAUGUCAUCCGGGCGAUGAACAUCAUUGGCCUUCUCUCAGUCAUCGCGGCAAGCUCGGUCAUGCUGGUCAAGACCUUUAUCAUCUCCAAAUUCUUCUUCUUCGACGCCUGUGAACAUGUGGUCAGGAUCAUUAUGGCCGGCUUCCUGAUCCUGACCGAACUCCCACUCUUCAAGUCGUACAUCUCUCGAAAUUGGCCUCUUUUCAGCCCCCGAUCAGGAUUUGUCAUGCUUGGAUUUGCCAUGAUUUUCCUGGGCAACAGCAUCCUCGGAAAUCUCAACAAAGAAGCGACAAGUCAAGAAAGUCUAGGGAUGGCUUUCUGGCGGUUGGUCAUAGCCUCUGGCAUUAUUGUCUUAGUCCUCGGGCCCAUCAACAUCCUGGCUAGCUACAUUUUUCGAGACCAUAAGAGCCACGUCACAGCUCGACAGGUACGAUCGGACGGUGCCGUUGCCUCUCAUAAAGCGGACGUGGAAGCAUCUACACCCAAGCCACCCAGCCGCAAAAGCCGAUAUCGAUCGUUUCUUCUAGGCAAUCGACGAGAUUCUCUUCCUUCCUACUACUCGGGCAAGACGGCAAAGCACAAUGACAUGGUGCAGACACCAAAAAUUCAUACCGCAAUCUCCAAUCCUUUCUCCCAGGACUCAACCAACUCCAGGGUUGCUCAAAGUCCCGGAGGGUCGAGCUCAAAAUACAGCCACAGCCCCAAAAGCGAGCGAUAUUUCCAGAGCCCUGACAUGAGUCGACCCCAACUUGCACGACAUCCAGCAAUGACCGAUGGACAUGCUUUGUAGUACCGGCAGUCUCUCAACAGUGUCGGACGGUGGGAGUGAGUGGUAAAAAUACGAUUCACGGGGUGGUGGCAGAUGAUUUGCACGGCGUUAUCUCAAUGGGGAUCCUAUCUACGCAAGGCGAAAUGGGGAAUUGGAUGUAGGGCUGAAGCC